UCUCUAGAUGUGCUUUGCUGUACGAGGCAACAUUGAGACUACCAUGAGUAUACAGUUCCGCUGGAAGGACAAAUAUGGCAAUGGCGGAAGAACCGAUACACUUGUGGCUGAUCACGGUCUUGCUGCCACGGCUGACACGUGGACUCACGGCUGUGUCGACUUGCUUGCCCUCGUGGACAAUUCGUGGUUGAACAGUCACCGCAUUGCAGGAGAGAAGCUGAAGGUCAGACACGUCCUGGCGCCGCGUCGAGCAACGCACAGAGACAAUGUAUACGUUGAUACCUUCGCCUUUUCCACAGAAGACAUUGCCGUGGUCCAAACCCGACCAUCCGCCCUGAAGAACGCAGGAAUCUUAGUGGACGACGUGGUCGUGACGGCAGUGGAAAAUGAAAAUGCUUUCGACGUGGAGAUCCAGACCGGCAACUGCGCUGGAGAUUUCCCUCUGCUUGGCGUGACGCAGACCACGGGCGAUGCUUCGUGGAUAACCGAUCUCGCCAGCGCCGCCAGCUACACCUUCAGCGUGGGCGAAGAGGAGGUGAACGUGAGCAGGACUUUUGUGGCGACUCAUCCCGUCACCGGAACUUGGUCGCUCAAUAUCGAAGGCGUCACUGUCGAAGACAUCCCCUUCGACGUGGCAGAAUGGGCUCUGGAUGAGAUGAUCGAGGCCGCCCUUGGAAGCACCGGCAUGACAGUCUCUCGCAGCGGAAUUUGUACCUUAUAUACUUGGCACAUAGAGUGGAAGGAGAAUCCAGGGCGAAAGGAGAUGUCUUCCGUAGACAUUUCAGGACUGACGUUCGAUGGCGAGAAAAUCAACAUGAAUGUAAACAGGUACAGAGAAGGCAAGCUGUGGCACGAUCCUAUCGAGGGAGACUUCCUCACCGUCAGGCGCGAAGAGCCUCAAGUGAGUGCCCUGCUCUCUUUGUCGCAUUUUACUCAUCUUCUGUAGCUGUCUUUCUUCUCC